GUAACUCUCGGGCGAGCCAUCUGUGCAUGGACCAGGGCAUGAAGGAGAACCACACGGCCACCCUGCACCCGUGUCAUGGCUGGGGUCCUCAGUUGGGACGUUUCACCAAAGAGGGGCAGCUGUUCCUCGGUCCUCUGGGCAGCACCGGCGAGGACACUCGCUGUGUGGUGGACGAUCAGAUCAGCAGCUUUCCUCAGCUCCUCAACUGCGACAAGGUCCCGAACAUGAAGCAGAAGACGUGGCAUUUCUCUCAGAACGAGUCCAUCAUAAAUCGAGCGACAGGACGCUGUCUGGAGGUGGUGCCGGCCAACGUUUACUUUGGCCACCUGCUGGCGCUGCAGCCCUGCUCCGGGCAGAGGUGGACCAUUAAGAACGCCAUGAUGCAGUAGUCAAAGCGGCAAACUUCACCGGGACCAACGAGAUGAGGCUCAAGAGCCGCCGUCUGACCUCAGCUCGGCCGAGCCACAGCCGACGAGGCUGAAGGUCCUCGUCUUCAGGAAAAGACGGCGACCCGUUAAAAGAGAUGAGCUGCGAACAUCUCAGACAGUGACAUGAGUUUUGUGGAAAAUGUUUUUUCUUUUUUACAAACUGGAUAUCCAACAUGAUGCAAGUUUUGCAUGAGAACUGUUUCUUUCCAUCUGAAUUUGACAAACUUUCAAUGUGACGUUGCCAUAAAUCCUUAAACAGUGUCCAACGUCAUAUUCAUUCAUUCUGUGUUAUGAAAUUGUCUAUAAAGAAUAGGACACAUGGAAUUAAACUUGCACUGAUCAUAAAACAUUGGUAGAUUAUUAGGGUUCAUCAGUGGUUCAACAUUUUAUCUGAAGACAAAGAAUGCCAUCUUAUUAGGCAUAAAUCCAAGUGAAUUAUGCAUUAAUGCCCCCAAAAACUGAUUUAUAUUUUCUUCUUACAAAAGUCUAGACCUUGUAAAUAUUUAAUUUGACCAAAACAGAUGUUAAAGUAUCAGGCCCUACUUUUUUAAGUUAGUGUAAAUCACCUCUAAAAUCACCUUGUCAUGGGCUACUGGGCUAAAUUAUGGUUUUCUAUGUCGUAGAUGUUUGUGUCUUUUCUUGUCAUUUUUACUUCAAGCGUUCUGUAGCACCAAAUGCAGUACAUCUUGUAGCAUGAUUGUAAGUACUGUAUGCACACGAGGACGAGGUUGAAGUUGAUUAAUUCCUUUUCUAGCUGAGUGCCAUAACUGCUGCAGACGGCCAAAACUAAAGAAGCACUUAUUUUGGGACAUUGAGCUGCAGAAGACGAGGUGGAGGUCGAAUGAGGAAAUGGGAAAGUGACCGAUGGUGGAAAAAGCUGGAGGCCUCUGAGGUCACUGUCAUUAAAUGUGUUGAGACGUAUAUGAUGUCAUGUAUUCAAUUAAUUCAAUGUUAUCAGUUGGAUUUUUGCUCCUAAGAUUGUCUUCCAAUAAACAACUGGU